AUGACUACCAGAGAAAUCCUUCACAAGAUGAAGGUAAAAGUUGGUUUGGGUUCAUCAGACCCUGAUUCAGGGAAAGGCAAGAGCAAGAUGUCAAAGAAUAUAACUCAUGGCUUUCACUUGGUAAAAGGAAAAUCAUAUCAUGACAUGGAGGAUUAUCUUGUUGCUCAAUUUAAGCAAGUAGAGAGCAAUGAAUUGGGUUUGUUUGCAAUAUUUGAUGGCCACGCAGGCCACAAUGUACCUAGUUACCUGCAGUCUCAUUUGUUUGAUACCAUCUUAAAAGAGCCUGACUUCUGGAAAGAACCUGCAGAUGCUGUGAAGAGAGCUUACAGUAAAACUGAUUCUAAUAUUUUAGAGAUGUCGGGUGAAUUAGGCAGAGGGGGUUCAACUGCAGUUACAGCAAUAUUAGUCAAUUGUCAGAAGUUAAUAGUAGCCAACAUUGGGGAUUCUCGGGCCGUCUUAUGCAAAAAGGGUGUGGCCAAACAAUUAUCAGUAGAUCAUGAGCCAAACACGGAACAUGAGGAUAUAAAAAAUAGAGGUGGUUUUGUAUCUAACUUUCCAGGGGAUGUUCCACGGGUUGAUGGACGACUGGCAGUCUCUAGGGCAUUUGGUGACAAAAGCCUGAAGAAACAUUUGAGUUCAGAGCCAUUUGUCACAGUGGAGAUUAUAGAUGAUGAUGCAGAGUUCAUUAUAUUAGCCAGUGAUGGAUUAUGGAAGGUAAUGUCAAAUCAAGAUGCAGUUAAUUGUAUCAGAAAUAUAAAGGAUGCUCGAUCUUCAGCAAGGCGCCUUACCGAUGAAGCAGUUAAUAAGAAAAGCACCGAUGAUAUUUCGUGCAUUGUUGUCAAAUUUCAGUGA